AUGCAGGAGGAGACCACGCAGGAGAAGAACACGCAGGAGAAGACCAUGCAGGGGAAGACCACGCAGGAGAAGAUCACGCAGGAGAAGAACACACAGAAGAUCACGCAGCAGAAGACCAUGCAGGAGAAGACCACUCAGGAGAAGACCACGCAGGAGAAGACCACGCAGGGGAAGAUCAUGCAGGGGAAGACCACGCAGGGGAAGACCACGCAGGGGAAGACCACGCAGGGGAAGACCAUGCAGGAGGAGACCAUGCAGGAGGAGACCACGCAGGAGAAGACCAUGCAGGGGAAGACCACGCAGGGGAAGACCACGCAGGAGAAGAACACACAGAAGAUCAUGCAGCGGAAGAUCACGCAGCGGAAGAACACGCAGGGGAAGACCACGCAGGAGAAGAUCACGCAGGAGAAGAACACACAGAAGACCACGCAGCAGAAGACCACGCAGGAGACGACCACGCAGGAGAAGACCACGCAGGGGAAGAUCAUGCAGGGGAAGACCACGCAGGGGAAGACCACGCAGGAGGAGACCACGCAGGAGAAGACCACGCAGGAGACGACCACGCAGGAGAAGACCACGCAGGGGAAGAUCAUGCAGGGGAAGACCACGCAGGGGAAGACCACGCAGGAGGAGACCACGCAGGAGAAGACCACGCAGGAGACGACCACGCAGGAGAAGACCACGCAGGGGAAGAUCAUGCAGGGGAAGACCACGCAGGGGAAGACCACGCAGGAGGAGACCACGCAGGAGAAGACCACGCAGGAGACGACCACGCAGGAGAAGACCACGCAGGGGAAGACCACGCAGGAGGAGACCACGCAGGAGAAGACCACGCAGGAGAAGAUCACACAGGAGAAGAACACACAGAAGAUCAUGCAGCGGAAGAUCACGCAGCGGAAGAACACGCAGGGGAAGACCACGCAGGAGAAGACCACGCAGGGGAAGACCACGCAGGGGAAGACCACGCAGGGGAAGACCACAUCGGCCUGCGGCAACACUUGCUUCUCUGACCUGCUGAUGGCCGCUUAUGGAGGCCGGGUCAGUCGUUCCGAACUGCUCCCUUUGCUGUCUGGCUCCUCCGCGAGGUCUGCACAGCGGCUGGAACGAGCGCCGUCUGGCGGAGACUGCGUUUGGCCAGCUCGGAGCCGGCAGGCGCUGGCUAUGGGGAGCUCUGAUGGAGUGAGGCUCCUGGGAAAUUACAAGACGUGUUCACGGGGGCCGAGCUCUAGACAAGAGGCCGUCUUGUGCAAAGGCCCCGAGUCCACCGGCCCGGUAGAUCGCGCCGGCGCCCCCAGCUCAGCUCGCCCGUGCGAAAGGAGCGCGGGGCCUGGAUUCCCGGUGCGCGCCUCCUUCCGCGCCCGGCGCACCUUCCAGCGGACCCCGACUCCGGAGCGGGCGGGGGACGGGGGGGGUCAACGGGCCGAACCGGGGGACGCCCGGCCGUCGCGCCCCUCGCCCGCCCGCGCCCUCCCGGCACCGCACCCGCUCCCCGCGGUCUCCAGGCCCGCCGCGGCCCCGCCGCUCCCGAGGCUGCCGGGCUGGCCGGCCCCGGGCGAGCCGCUGCUGCCCCCGUGGCCGCUGCCCUCUGCGCCAGACCACGCCGGCGUGCACCGCCCCCUGCUCGGCGGACAGUGGCUGUUUGGUGGCCACUCUCCAUCCGUAGGACUGUCUUCCUCCUCCACUGUGGAGCUGGUGCCCAUUUUCCCACACGUCUGCCCUCCUGCCCUUCCACCUCUGGCUGGGAAAAGCUGGGUAGACAAAAGGCUGCCUAAUUACAAGAUCUUUUUCAAUAAUUCCUUUGCUCUGGACUCGACAUGGAUACACCCUGAGGAAUCCAGACUCUUCUACAGCCACGAAAAACCUCAUUUUCUGGCAAACCAAGUAGCUCUGUCUCUGCCCAGGCCAGUUCCUGCCUCCAGGCCUCUCCCGACUGUGGUGUUAGCGCCUCAGCCCAUACCAGGUUGCCAUAACAGCCUCAAGCCGAUCAGCAGCGGUCCCACCAUCACAAUCACUGCUGCUGCCGCCGCAGCCACAGCCGCCGCUAUGGUCUCAGUGGACCCCGAGGGACUCCGGGGCCCGUCCCCCUCCAGCAUGCAGCCGUGCCAUUUCCUGACGUUGGCUCCCAUCAAAAUCCCCCUCCGGACUGCGUCCUUCUCGGAUAAAAGCAAAGAGCACAGCCUUGUGUCCCGUCCUCCUGCCCUGAUGCUGCGUGCCCCAGAGAGGAAGAACCUGGAGGGUGACAGAGAGGACAAGGAGCCUCCACCUGUGCUGGUAAAACGGGAGGACACGGAAGCCAAAGGCAGUAGACCUGUGGCCUCGACGCCAGUGCCCGGAUCCCCCUGGUGUGUGGUCUGGACGGGCGAUGACCGGGUUUUCUUCUUCAACCCGACCAUGCAGCUGUCUGUCUGGGAGAAGCCGGUGGACCUGAAGAACCGUGGGGAUCUCAAGAGAAUCAUCGAAGACCCACCCCACAAGCGCAAGCUGGAGGCCUCAGCAACUGACAGCAGUGAUGGAUCUGGUUCAGAAGACGGCAGUGAGGACCCAAGUGUGAAGACCAAGAGGAAUCGGACGGAAGGCUGCGAGACCCCAGGGCCGGAGGAGGCACAGCGAAUGGACACGGGCCCCCAGACACCACCCUCGCAGAUUCUCCUGCCCCUGGAGGAACGUGUGACCCAUUUCCGAGACAUGCUCCUGGAGAGAGGGGUGUCAGCGUUUUCUACUUGGGAGAAAGAAUUACAUAAAAUUGUGUUUGACCCGCGCUACCUCCUGCUAAACUCUGAGGAGCGAAAACAGAUAUUUGAACAGUUUGUCAAGACACGAAUUAAAGAGGAGUACAAGGAACGGAAAAGCAAGCUGCUGCUAGCCAAAGAAGAAUUCAAGAAACUUCUAGAAGAAUCUAAGGUAUCACCCAGGACCACAUUUAAAGAGUUUGCCGAGAAGCACGGCCGGGAUCAGAGGUUUCGACUUGUUCAAAAGCGGAAGGAUCAGGAGCACUUUUUCAACCAGUUCAUACUGAUCCUUAAGAAACGGGACAAGGAAAACAGACUAAGGCUCCGUAAAAUGAGAUGAGUGCAGGGUGCAGCAGGACAACGGGCGGUGGAGUGUGCUCGUGAGGGGACAGGCGGCGGUGGCCAGCCCAGCUCUGCACAGCUGAGGCGGUGUGGGCACUGGGUGUUCUCGGAGAAUUACUGUUUCAUAUUGAAGCUCCCUCUUUUGUACAUUAUCCCCAGUUUGAUGCAUUUCUAAUUGCCAUGAAGCGUUGAGUCCUUAAGUGUUUUAAUUAUGCAAAUUACUUGUAAUAUACACAAAUUAUAUAACUCCACUGCAGGUUUUGAGGGAGCAGAAGUAGGAAGCAUCCACAGCCAUCUCGAGGUGUUUCCGCUGCACCGGACCGUCCAGACUUCUCUGAGACCGUCACAAGUCACCCCCUUUCUGCAGGCUUUCCGUGGUGUCCCUAGUAACGGUGUCUCUCGUUUUCUGAGUAGUAGAAAUAGGGUUUCAUUAUUCAUCAUAGUGAUAACCAAACAUUUUGACACCUGUGUGGACCAUGAUUGCCUGCAGGUGGCCAAAAGUGGCCACGGAUUCCUCCACAAGCGUGUCCAGGCCAGGAGAAGGGAGCUGUGCUGGCUGUCAGAAGUCCUUCUUUAAAAGAGUUAUUUUGUACAAAAUCAUCGUAUUACUAUUUGAGUUAUUUUUAUUGUAUGCCCAGAGUUUGCAUGAGAUUUUUCUCAUCAUCUUUGUAUAAAAAUUUUUUUUAAUCAAUAAAUAUUUUA